AUGUUACAAGUCCACAAGCAUGAAAUAGAUCUAGACAAUUUAGAUUUUAAUCGUUCCUAUACUCUUGAAGAGUUUGAAUACAUCAAUGAACAGCUAAAAACACGUACGUUGAUAGUUGAUGGAGAACCCGUAAAUCUUUUUGAACUUGAUGAGAAAGGACAUCUAAUUGUCAUGCCACAAACACCAUACUGUAGAGAAAAAGUUGUUUUCGAAAUCUCAAGACAACUUGAAAAUUGGAUUCUUAGUAGUCGGGAUGGUGGAGGUGGUACCUGUUCACAAGGCGGAUUCAAUUUCUACGUCAGAGGCAAUAGGACGAUUAGAGCCCCAGAUAUUGCAUAUACACCAAAAGAU